AUGGCCGAAACAGAAUAUUAUUCCGCAAACAAGCGCAAAGCAUCACCUGAGGUCACGGAGGAUGCUAUCGGCAAGCGCAUGAGGCUCGAAGAUGGAGACGCGGCGACACUCCCAACCAACGGUACCAGGGCCGAGGCAGAGGAUAUCCUAGACGAGCGCGCCCCUGUUAGGAACGAGCGAUAUGGAUCGCAUUCGGAAGGGUCACCCACGAGGACACGCCGGGCAGACCCGGAGCCCGAGUCUCGGCGGUCGCCGGAGGCGCGAAGACCAUCCGCUGCGGCCGGCCCUCCGGCCCGGCGGAACGUUAGCAUGGAGGAGAAGAAGCGAGGGCAGCGUUUGUUUGGCGGCCUGGUCAGCACACUAAGCCGGACCACGUCGAGCACACAGCAGCAGAGGCGGCUCGAUAUCGAGCGGCGGCAGCAGGAGAAGGCGCAGCAGCGGCGAGCCGAGGACGAGAAGCGCAGGGCUGAGAAGCUGGAGCGGUUGAAGAGGGUACGGCAAAUCGAACAGGUCAAGCUCGAUGAGCGGGCGAUGAACACUCGGCACUCGACGAUGCUCUCAAAGGCUCAUAGUCUGCACACGGAAAGCGAGCCCAGACUUUACUACCUCCCGUGGGAGCUGACCAAAGAGCAAGAGGAUAUUAUUAGCGACCAGGUCCACGCCGCACAAGAGGCUGUAGACAGGGAGAGGCGGGACUUCAAAACGCGCAGAGAGCAGCGGCUCAGGGCACUUGGGGUCACGCCCCCUCCACGAUCACCAUCCCCUCCCCCGCGACAGCCGAGGCACCAACCUGAAUUGGAGGCAAACUUGGAACCGAAGGAUGGGCCCCGGCCAGAAGAAGCCACGGUUGGUGAGCCCAAACCUCCGCCGCAAGAUACUAACCCCGGUGCUAUGGCAUCCACGCCACCCAAGGCGCGAGACUCUCACCAUGAUAAGGAUCACGACGAGCACGGAGACGAGAUGAUGCAGGACAAGGAGGACAUAGUGAUCUACUGA